UUUCUAUCCGGUUCAGUAGAGACACCUUAUUCAAAAUGGCCGCCAGCUCCUCUCUCGACCAUCUGAGCAACCGUAUGAAGCUGGAGUGGCACUCCAAGCUCAACACGGAGAUGGUCCCCUCCAAGAACUUCCGCCGCACCUCCAUCAUCGGAACCAUCGGUCCCAAGACCAACUCCGCCGAGAAGAUCAACAUGCUCCGCAGAGCUGGUCUUAACGUUGUUCGCAUGAACUUCUCCCACGGUUCUUACGAGUACCACCAAUCCGUUAUCGACAACGCCCGCGAGGCUGCUCGCACCCAGGAGGGCCGGCCUCUGGCUAUUGCUCUCGAUACCAAAGGACCUGAGAUCCGUACCGGAAACACCGUCGGCGACGCCGAUAUCCCCAUCAAGGCUGGCCACGAGCUGAACAUCACCACUGAUGAGCAAUAUGCCACUGCCAGUGAUGACAAGAACAUGUACCUUGACUACAAGAACAUCACCAAGGUGAUUGCUCCCGGCAAGCUCAUCUACGUCGAUGACGGUAUCCUGUCUUUCGAGGUUCUGGAGGUCGUCGACGACAAGACCCUGCGCGUCAAGUGCUUGAACAACGGCAACAUCUCCUCCCGCAAGGGUGUCAACUUGCCCGGCACUGAUGUCGACCUUCCCGCUCUGUCCGAGAAGGAUAUUGCCGACUUGAAGUUCGGUGUCAAGAACGACGUCGACAUGGUCUUCGCUUCCUUCAUCCGCCGCGGCAGCGACAUCCGUCAGAUCCGUGAGGUCCUCGGCGAGGAGGGCAAGGAGAUCCAGAUCAUUGCCAAGAUUGAGAACCAGCAGGGUGUCAACAACUUCGACGAGAUUCUCGAGGAGACCGACGGUGUCAUGGUUGCCCGUGGUGACCUUGGUAUCGAGAUCCCCGCCCCCAAGGUGUUCAUCGCCCAAAAGAUGAUGAUCGCCAAGUGUAACAUCAAGGGUAAGCCCGUCAUCUGCGCUACCCAGAUGCUCGAGUCCAUGACCUACAACCCCCGCCCCACUCGUGCUGAGGUGUCUGAUGUUGCCAACGCCGUUCUCGACGGUGCCGACUGUGUCAUGUUGUCUGGUGAGACCGCCAAGGGUUCCUACCCCGCUGAGGCCGUCAAGAUGAUGUCCGAGACCUGCUUGCUCGCCGAAGUUGCCAUCCCCCACUUCAACGUCUUCGAUGAGCUCCGUAACCUUGCUCCCCGCCCCACCGACACUGUCGAGUCCAUCGCCAUGGCCGCCGUCAGCGCCAGUCUGGAACUUAACGCUGGUGCCAUCGUGGUCCUGACCACCAGCGGCCAAACCGCUCGUUAUGUCUCCAAGUACCGCCCUGUUUGCCCCAUCAUCAUGGUCUCCCGCAAUGCCAAGGCCUCCCGGUACUCCCACCUGUACCGUGGUGUCUGGCCCUUCCUCUUCCCCGAGAAGAAGCCCGACUUCAACGUCAAGAUCUGGCAGGAGGAUGUUGACCGCCGUCUCAAGUGGGGUAUCAACCACGGUCUCAAGCUCGGCAUCAUCAACAAGGGCGACAACAUCGUCUGUGUCCAGGGCUGGCGCGGUGGCCAGGGCCACACCAACACCGUCCGUGUGGUCCCUGCUGAGGAGAACCUCGGCCUGUCUGAGUAAAUUCUCGAUCCCAGGAUACCGGCACUCGACCGGUGGAUGAUGCGAUGAACGACAACGAUUGGAUAAUAACGCGCCAAGGGUGUUGUGCCUCUGGAUAUAUCGUAGCACACGGUCUUCUCUCAUUUUCAAACGCGACGAUGACGGACGACGGAAGACCCCGAGUAGUGGACACCCGACCGCGAGUGUCCACUGGGUCGGGGUUCGUUUCAUGAGUCGGGGCGAGGUAUGACCGAGCCGCACCUGGAGUGCGUGUCGGUUUUUGCUAGACGUCUAUUCUUCUUUUACUCCCCGCCCGCGCGCACUGGAGUGGGAACCAAACUGGAGGUAUCAGUUGUAAUCUGCCUGCCAUCUCUUUUGACCAGAUCGAAAUCUUAGCCAGUUCAUAUUCGGGUGGUAUUUUUCGCUUUGCUCCAGAUGCUGCGAUCCCCAAAAAGCUAAAAUUAAUGAAUUCCUUCUUGCACAUGUCAAUAAUUGAUCUGCUUCAGUAUG